CUCUAUGGUAGCGGCGGAUUCGGAGGGACGGAACGCUUCUCGUGUCCGGCAAGCUGCUGCCCCCACAGGUAUCUCCGCUGUCGUCUGUCUUCCGCGCGCCUGUGAUUCGGCCGUCUCUCCCCAAGGAUGUUCCGCCGGGAGCGCUCCAUCCCCCUUCGAGGCUCAGCCGCCGCCCUGUACAACAACCUCAGCGUGCUGCAGCUGCCCGUCCGCAACCUCACACAGUUUGGAGUGGUCCAUGGGCCCAGCGCGCAGCUUCUCAGCGCUGCUCCUGAGGGUGUGCCCUUGGCCCAGCGCCAGCUCCAAGCUAAGGAGGGCGCUGGAGUGAGCCCCCCACUUAUCACCCAGGUCCACUGGUGUGUCCUCCCUUUCCGAGUAUUGCUGGUACUCACGUCACAUCGAGGAAUACAAAUGUACGAGUCUGAUGGCUCCGUCAUGGUCUACUGGCAUGCACUGGAUGCUGGAGAUGCCUCUCUAGUGCAGGCUGUGUUUGCCCGAGGAAUUGCUGCCAGUGGCCACUUCAUCUGUGUGGGAAUGUGGUCAGGCCGGGUACUGGUUUUUGACAUCCCAGCCAAGGGUCCCAACGUUGUACUGAGUGAAGAGCUGGCUGGGCACCAGACACCAGUCACAGACAUUGCCAGCGAGCCUGCCCAGGGACAGCUGGAUUGUAAACCUCUUGAAAACAGGGACUGCGUGGCUGACGUGGUGACAGCAGAUGACUCAGGCUUGCUAUGUGUCUGGCGGUCAGGGCCCGAAUUCAAAUUAUUGACCCGAAUUCCAGGAUUCGGGGUCCCGUGCCCUUCUGUGCAGCUGUGGCAGGGGACCAUAGCAGCGGGCUAUGGGAACGGGCAACUGCGUCUGUAUGAAGCCAGUACAGGAACUCUACACGUCCAGAUCGACGCCCACGCCCGGGCCGUCUGUGCCCUGGAUCUGGCCCCUGAGGUGGGCAAGCUACUCUCUGCGGCUGAGGACACCUUUGUACACAUCUGGAAGCUAAGCAGAAGCCCAGAGGGUGGCUACCUUGAGCUCUCCUGGCCCCCAGGUGGAACACUGUCAUGGAGAGUGUGUACCCGACACCCAGGUGUGUGGUGCCCGGUUCUGUGAUCCCUCGGGCAGCUCCUUUGCUGUGACUGGCUAUGACCUCGCUGAGAUCCUGAGAUUCGGCAGCAUGUGAGAGAAAAGCAGCCCUCCGUUUCCCCUGUGGUAUUUAUAAAGUGCCCGCCUCCACCCA